CUCUGCCUGCGCAGAAACCAUAAGCCUACAGCAUACUACUUGGAGCGACGACCUGACUUGCCGACUGUGUCUUGAGACACACCUCUCACAAGAUGCCUGCGACCACAGCCGAGACGCUGUCCUUCGUUAGCAGGAACGUCACCGUUGCCCCGCUCGUUCUGCUCUCCGUCGUCGACCACUACAACCGCGCGGCCAAGGGCACAAGGAAGCGAGUAGUUGGUGUGCUGCUCGGCCAGAACGAUGGCCAGGUUGUGAGGGUGUCAAACAGUUUUGCCGUCCCCUUUGAGGAGGACAAUGACGACCCCUCCGUCUGGUUCUUGGACCACAACUACGUCGAGAACAUGAACGACAUGUUCAAGAAGAUCAACGCCCGCGAGAAACUGAUAGGAUGGUAUCACUCUGGCCCGAAGCUGCGUGCCUCCGAUCUCGAGAUCAACGAGCUCUUCAAAAGAUACACGCCAAACCCGCUUCUCGUCAUCAUUGAUGUCCAGCCCAAGGAGUCAGGUGUGCCGACAGAUGCAUACUUCGCGGUAGAGGAGAUCAAGGAUGAUGGCACAACAACGGCCAAGACCUUCGUACACACCCCAUCCACGAUCGAGGCGGAGGAGGCGGAGGAGAUUGGUGUCGAGCACCUGCUUCGCGAUAUCAGAGACGUUGCCAUCGGCACAUUAUCCACACGCAUCACAAAUCAGCUGCAAUCCUUGCAAGGGCUGCACCUCCGGCUACGGGAGAUCCAAGUAUACCUUCAGAAAGUCCAGGAUGGCCAAUUACCAGUAAACCACGCUGUGCUCGGCAACCUGCAGGACAUUUUCAACCUCCUGCCCAACCUGUCGACACCCAAAUCAGGCUCGGAUGGCAAGUCGUCGCAAACGAGCGAACUGUCCUACGCCAUGAACGUCAAGACCAACGACCAGCUGCUUGCCGUCUACCUGAGCAGUCUGAUCCGCGCCAUCACGGCCUUCCAUGAUCUGAUCGACAACAAGAUCCAGAACAGGCAGCAGCAGGAGGAGAAGGAGGCCAAGAAGGAAGAGGCGGCAGCGGCGGCCAAGGACGAGAAAGAAAAGGAGAAGAACGGCACGAAUGGCACAGCCGCUGAUUCUGCGGAGAAGAAAGAGAAGAAGUAAGACGCCGCAGUCCCGCACAGAUGAGGGACAUCUCCAUAGGCACGAGUGCUAGGCUCAAUUGUGCACUUGGGCCUCGUAUGAAAGAGCAGAUGCUAGAGAAUAGACGGAGGCUCUGCCUGUGCAUGUAGCUGCGUGCAUCCGUUGAUCGAAAUGCAUCUCGUAUAUGCCACCAGACAUCCGCGUAGCAAUAAUGAAGUGGUAGGUCUACACGUCACUCAUCAGUCCGGCGCCUUCUUCCCGGCCGACUCUUCGCUCUUGAACAUAUUCACCAAGUACGCUCGACCAGCGCUCGCCCAAAAGACAUGCCAGCAGAUGCUUACAACACGGCACGUU